AUCAUUCCCGGGUGGGGAUUUCCCGUUUUCAUGUUUGACUGUUGGUACGAGGGGGUACGAGUCGCGCAAGUGAAAUGUCGUACACAAACACAAUGACAUAAUAGUAAUUUACAUUCUUUCCCCAAAAUUAGAAUAAACCAUCUUUGCACAUUGGAAUCGACCAAGGUCUUACUCCCAGUUCAUCGCCAUUGGAACUUGAACAUAAAGUCGAGAUAAGGAUUAUGACAACGAUACGGAAAGUGAAAGUUGCUGUGUAUAGUGGAAGCGUUGAAAACAACGUGGCCGGACUCAUCGCUGAAAUAAGAGAGAGAAUGGCAGAUUAUGUUGAAGAGGUUAAAUAUGUUCAGCUACCUUACAACAUUAGUGAUAUGCAGAAGAUGAAACUAGAUAAGAAUUACUACAUGUUGCUCUGUCAUUCAAUCAACAAUAGAAGAUUCUCAAUCACCAAUGUCACUGAUGCUCUUUAUGAUGACUUCCUCAAGAAAGCCAAGAAACGAUUAGGUCGCCGUAGAAUUGGUGUGAUUGCUCAUGACUUUGAUUCUGCUGAGCUCUCUCCGGACAAACUUAACAGUAGAAUGGAUUCCUUCAGAACCAAUCAAGAAAGAACAUUUAGAAAAUCAAUUCUGCAACUUAUCGGUGGACAGCUAUCUCAAUCACCGGUAGAGAUUAAUGAUGAUCAAUGGGAGGAACUCAGAAAAUAUCUCAGAAAUGAAUUAAAGAAUCCGAAGCCCCGGAAAGCUGGCAGCUGCAUGUAAAUCGUAUUGUAUGAACUAUAUAUUAUCACAUUGUGGCUUAAGUUGUGAAGUAUAUGCAAAGGAAAUUAUUUUGCAUUUUGGUUUGAUUAUAAUAUUGAUAAUAAUAUCUAGUUCUAUAGAAUAUCACAGACCAAGGCUGUGGAUAUUUUGACUUUUUUCUUAAACGCAAAUUUAUUAUGGAAACGUGAUAGAUGCAGAUUGUGUACAAAAGACAAACUUCCUCUAUACAGUGCGUAUCAAAAAAAAGUUUACACUUUAAAAAGCCCUGGGAAUUAAAAAAUAUACAACAUGCGGGU